UUGUGAGAAUUUACACUUAUGAACUUCAGAAUACAAGGUCGUAUUCCCCAAUUUGGAAUAUGUCAGUCUGCUUGCAAUUAAUUCUCAAAUGAUAUGGGAUAGUCAACUUCCAAUAAUGCCAGAUUGCUAUCAAAAUUUGACUAGUUUAUACAUCGGGGGCAUUGAAACUCUAAAAUAUGUGUUCCCAUCUUCUAUGGUCAAAAACUUUAAGCAACUCCGAUACUUACAUAUAAAUUCUUGUAAGGAGUUGAAGGAGAUUAUCGCCAAAGAAGGAGCAGAAGCAUCUCCUACAUUUAUCUUUCCACGGGUAGAAUCCCUAAUACUAGGAAACUUAGAAGAACUUAGAACUUUCUACCCCGGAAUGCACAUUUCAGAAUGGCCCAAUUUAAAGAAGUUGGAAGUGUCUAGCUGUGACAAACUACAAAUGUCCACUUUAGAAUACAAGGUUGUUUUACCCAAUUUGGAGGCCUUAGAACUGCAUGGAACCAAUACGGAAAAUAUCUCUCAACUUUUGAAAACAUCUUCUUGCUCCCGAAAGUUGACUCGUUUGGUAUUGGAGGAGUGUGAAAAAGUAAAAUAUGUAUUUCCAUCUUCUAUGGUCAAAAGCUUUGAGCAGCUUCAACACCUUGAGAUAAUCAGUUGUAUGGCAUUAAAGGAGAUUGUUAGCAGAGAACACGGAGAAGAAACAAAUGCCAAAUUUGACUUUCCGCAUGUAGCUUUCUUAAAACUUAAUGACUUACCACAACUUACAACUUUUUGACUUGGGAUACGUGCUAUAGACUGGCCAUGGCCCAAGUUAAAGAAGCUGGAAAUGUCUGAUUGUGACAAAUUUCAAAUGGUAACUUCAGAAAAUAAGGUA